AUGGAAAGAUAUCCGGGUGUGAUCGUGGAAAUAAGGAUUACAAUUUCGGUUGGACAAGUAGCUGCAGCACGUACACGAAUAAGUGAUACAGCCAAACAAAGUAGUUUGACAACACAUACUAUUGUAGCUGACGCUGUGUCCAAAUUAUCUGAUAAUGCUAUUUCGUCAUUACCAAAUUUACAAAAUCUUAAAAGCAAUGUUCGAAAAAUACGAGAACGAAGUCAAAAUCCAUUAUCAUUACCAACAACUCGUGAUUCCAUUGUCAUUGAUCCGCAGUAUACAAUAACAGCUCGCAAUCGAACAUUUUUACAUUUCGAUUCGGGAUCCAUCGAUCAACGGGUAUUAAUAUUUUUAACAAAAAAACAAUUAAAAAUAUGGGAAAAUGCAUUAUAUAGUGAAAAUGACGAUUUUGCAAAACAAAUUCGUUCAUUACCAACAUUAGCACUUUUACCUGUUCCUGAUGUAAUUCCUACAUUUGAUGAAAUAAAGGCGCAAUUUCCAACAGAAGAUGAACCUUGUUAA